ACCUCCCGUCCCCGACAGUCCGACUCUUCACGCGCUCUCCUCGGCCACGCGCCUGCGCGCCCUCUAUCCCCACACACGUGACGUCAGAGAGCAGCAUGGCGGCCAAGGUGCAGUCAACCAAAAGGGCCGACCCCAAUGAACUGAAGGUCAUCUUUCAGAAGUAUGCCAGUGUGUUGGAAAAGGAUGGAGAACGUUACAUGACCCCUAUUGAUUUUGUGCAGCGGUAUUUGGGUCUCCACACGCAGCUCCACCACAACCCUAAAACCGUUCAGCUGCUCGCUGGAGUCGCGGACACUACGAAAGAUGGGUUAAUCUCGUUCCAAGAGUUUCUGGCCUUUGAGUCAGUGCUGUGUGUGCCAGAUGCCCUCUUCAUUGUGGCUUUCCAGCUCUUUGACAAGACUGGCACUGGAGAUGUGUCCUUUGAGAAUGUGCGAGACAUCUUCAGUCAGACGACUGUGCACCAUCACAUCCCCUUCAACUGGGACUGCGAGUUCAUCCAUUUGCAUUUUGGAAAUGACAGAAAAAAACGCCUCAGCUACCUGGAAUUUACCCAGUUUCUGCAGGAGCUGCAGCUUGAACACGCUCGGCAGGCCUUCGCACUAAAGGAUAAGGUCAAGAGCGGCGUCAUUUCAGCCCUGGACUUCAGCGACAUCAUGUCCACCAUCAGACACCACAUGCUCACACCCUUUGUGGAAGAAAACCUUGUUUCGGCAGCAGGAAGUGGCACGUCUCACAUGGUGAGCUUCUCCUACUUCAAUGCCUUCAAUGCUCUCCUGAACAACAUGGAAAUGAUUCGUAAAAUCUACAGCACCCUCGCUGGAACUCGCAAGGAUACGCUCGUCACUAAAGAGGAGUUUGUUCACGCUGCUAAUAAGUUCGGUCAAAUCACUCCCAUGGAAAUCGACAUCCUGUUUCAACUGUCAGGACUGCACUCCCAAACUGGACGGUUAAACCUGGCUGAUAUCGAGAGGAUAGCACCACUGGAGGAAGGAUCUCUACCAUAUCACCUGGCUGAAGUGCAGAGACAACAUUCACAAGGGGACGGCUCUCGGUCCGUGUUGUUGCAGGCAGCAGAGUCCGCAUACAGGUUUACUUUGGGCUCCAUCGCUGGAGCUACGGGUGCCACAGCCGUGUACCCCAUAGACCUGGUAAAAACACGUAUGCAGAACCAGCGCUCCACCGGUUCCUUCGUAGGAGAGCUGAUGUACAAGAACAGCUUUGACUGCGCCAAGAAAGUCCUGCGUUACGAGGGAGUCUUUGGCUUUUACAGAGGUCUUGUACCACAGCUCAUCGGUGUGGCUCCUGAGAAAGCCAUCAAGCUCACUGUCAAUGACUUUGUGAGAGACAAGUUCACCACAAAAGAUGACACGAUACCGUUGUUCGCUGAGAUUCUCGCCGGCGGAUGUGCUGGUGGCUCGCAAGUCAUUUUCACCAACCCUCUGGAAAUCGUAAAGAUUCGUCUGCAGGUCGCCGGUGAGAUCACCACAGGACCCAGAGUGAGCGCGCUCAAUGUCGUCCGAGAUCUCGGAUUCUUCGGCCUCUACAAGGGUGCCAAGGCUUGUUUCCUGCGUGACAUCCCCUUCUCCGCCAUUUAUUUCCCUGUGUACGCUCAUAUGAAAACACAGCUGACUGAUGAAGAUGGACGUCUGGGACCUCUGCAGCUUCUGACUGCUGGAGCUAUCGCAGGUGUCCCCGCCGCUUCACUUGUCACUCCAGCCGAUGUCAUCAAAACACGACUGCAGGUGGCCGCACGUGCCGGUCAGACGACUUAUUCUGGAGUGAUCGAUUGCUUUAGGAAGAUCAUGAAGGAGGAAGGUUUCCGGGCAUUAUGGAAGGGAGCCGGAGCUCGUGUGUUCAGGUCUUCUCCACAGUUCGGUGUGACUCUGGUGACCUACGAGCUCCUGCAGCGAUGGUUCUACGUCGACUUUGGAGGACAUCGCCCGGCUGGUUCUGAACCAACGCCCAAGUCGCGGAUCUCUGAGCUUCCUCCCGUCAGUUCGGAACACAUCGGUGGAUAUCGUCUGGCGGCUGCCACCUUCGCCGGCGUGGAGAACAAGUUCGGACUGCACCUUCCCAAGUUCAAAUCGUCCGGGGUCGUGACCAUUCAACCUAAGGAGCAAGCAGCCUCGUCGUAAAAAUAAACAUGCCCCGAUCACUCCUGGCUUCGUCCUCCAAUGGCUGCAUGCCUCCAUCCCACAAUUUUGCCUACGUCAUUUUUCCACUCCUUUUUUAUUUAUCUUUAGUUUUUUUCUGUUCUUAGGUGGGGGACAUGGGAGAUUAAUAUUCAUUUUUAGUAUCUCGUCGGCUUAAUCGUCAUCAGUGCCUCAUUUAAUGAAGUACGCUGGUUAAAGGUCGUAGCGUGUUCGCAAAAGCACAGGGUAGCCGUUUUCUUCGCCACACGGAUCAAGACCUAAAGCCACAGAUCCAGUGAAUAUCUAACAAGGGCUCUAGAUAUAUCGGUUUCAACCACUGGCUAACACUGAACCGAAAGAAACACGCUUGUGAGAGGAAACCGUAACACAUUUUUGCUUUUAUGUUUCCACUCUCUAAAACGUUGACACAGAGUUUUAUUGAAUAAUUGCUGAUGUAUUGAUGUGACGAAGCAUGCUGUAGCGUUCUUCAUUUGCUUCUUUGGCUUUGCGUAGCUUGCACAUGUACUGUAUAUACAUGUACAUCUCAUAGAUAUGGAGGAGAGAGAGAGAGAGAGAUUUCUCUGCAACACUCUGAUGUACAAAGGUUUCAAAACUUGAUCUGUUGAUCAAAGAAAUCAUGUUUGAUUUGAAAUGUAGAAAAUAUUUAAGUGCAUUUCAUUCUUGUAUUUUAUGGAAAUAAAUCGAUGCGGUUCAAUUUUA